CCGCUUCUUCCUAAUGACCGCGGAAGCACGCCCGCUGUUUGAACUAUUUGCCCUGUAUGUAACCAGCUUCAUGACCUCUGUUACGAUGCCAUCUCAGUCCGUAAAUACGGGUGUCCUUGCGGAAUUACACACGUUCCUCUGGAUUUCGAAAAAGUCGCCGAAAGACUUCAAUAAUAUUUUUAAUCACCAAUUUUGGACUCGCAGUCUAGACAGAGAUUAUCUUAUCAACCUCGGCAACUCAACAACGUGCGUUCUGUACAAACGUGCAGAUAUUGCACUGUCCAAUGCUAGUUAAUCAUACUGGCACGCACCUGAACGUCUGAACAGUAUUACUUAGUGGUGGAAGUAGCAGCAGCCAAGUGUCGUCUAUAUGUGUGAGCGAUCACGUGAUUCGAAUUGACGUAUGCAUGUGGUCGCGCCGUCUUGUCGAGGCAAGUG